AUGUAUGUGGCAUCUGUGGAAAAACUUUACAGAAAUUCACAUAAUGCAUUGUCGAAAAUCUUUUAUACAAUAGCCAAAGCAUACUCAAAGUUAGAAUUCCACAUAUUAAUGGAAAAAGUUGAGGCGGUUGAUAUUAAGGUGAAGAAAUAUUUGGAAUUAGCUAGUUAUGAAAAGUGGGCUAGGUCGUAUGCAACAGUUCACCAAGGAUGGACUUUGACUUCAAAUAUUGCGGAGUCAAUAAAUAGAGUACUUGUAUCAGCUAGAGACCUGCCAAUUUAUGAUUUUCUUGAGGAAGUUCGUUUACUGUUUGCAAAAUGGAAUUGCAAAAAUAGGCAACAAGCUUCAUAUAUCUUCACAACACUCAUUGAAAAGUUUAAUGACAUACUCAAAGAGAAUGACGCUUUGUGUACUCGUAUGACGGUUGUACCAGCCACAGAAUAUGUGUAUAUGGUACAUGACAAAGAAAAGCACUUCAUUGUUUUCCUCAAGAAAAAGAAAUGCGCAU